AUGCAGCCGCAGCGCCAGAGCCAGACCCAGACACACCAGACACACCACGCCCACGGAAAGGGCGGCGUCUUUGGUCGUGUGGGUCGUCUGAGUCAUGCGAGUCAUGCGAGUCCUGCGGGUCCUGCGGGUCCUGCGGGUCAUGCGGGUCAUGCGAGUCAUGCGGGUGCUGCGGGUCAUGCGGGUCAUGCGAGUCACGAUCGGAGCGGGCUCUUGGAAGGGAUGCCACGGAUGCCCGGGCCGAGUUGGCAAAUACACCAGCUACAGCUGCACAACUUGGGGCAAUGCUUUCCUUGUAUAGCUUUCGCUCUGAAGCCAGCAGGUUGCUUCAAAGGUGAUGAAUGCAGACACUGCCAUUUCUGCAAUGCUCAGCAAGCAAAGGCAAGAAGGCGACAGCUGCAGCAGGCUGCACGCAGGCAGAAGAGGAGGACGGGUGAGACGUCGCAGGCAGAGCCGGGUGCAUGUGGCCAAGCCGUAGACCUUGCUGGCCCGAGCCAUGGCUCACGAAGCUCCCAUGGCAGCGCCCCAACAGGUGGCUCGAGCAGCUAUAACCUUGGCGGCCAUGGCUCAAACGUUUAUGAUCCCUCCAACUUGUUGGCAAGUGGUCAAAUCGAUGUCACUGUCUACACUGAACCAAACCAAUCAUUUUGGUUAUGA